AGAGGGAUUCCCUCCAUCUUCAUCAUUAACUGCAUGACCAGGAUAAUGUUUGUCAUAACCUGAUGUCUCAGCUGGAAGGAAGCAGAUCAGUCACUGGUCAGAGUUGGAAGAAUCCAGGGAUUCCAAGCUUUGAAUGAUGAGCGUUUUUACAAGAGUACCACAGCUAAACUGAAAAGGCAGAUGCAGCUCUGGGUACCAGAUUGAGUGAGCUGGUGUGUGCACUGCACGUAAAUGAAAACACACAUGUUUUUGUCAUCACAUAGACUUACUGUUGCAUAUUCCUGAGAGCUUUGCAAUUGAUGAAAAUUAAUUUGAGAACCAGAUGGAGCACCUUUACACCGCAGGAAUCAGUAACCCAUGGAAAGACACCUGCCAGUAAUGUUCAACUUUCCACAUGGUCUUCACGGGUGAAAAAAGUUUGCAAGAAGAGGAAGAAAAAACAACCUCUGCACAGAAAAAGCCUAAUAAAUACCUCCACAAUCUAAAUCAAUAGCUGCGAGAGAAACAAGGAUACAGAGGGUAGAGGAAACUGAUUUUGUUAUUGCAGAAGAAUAAUGUAUGGUCUUUGGCACGUUUUGCUUUGGGCUCAGUAGAUUGUGAAUGGACUAAUAAAUCGUGACCAUAUGUUGAGUAAUGAUGACUGGAAGUAAAUAAGUUGAGGAACUAUGGGACAAGUCUGGGCAUUGAACUGAGCAAACCUCGUUGUCCUUCUUGAGUUAACCAGGUCAUCAAACUUGCAUAUUCUUUCUCCCUCUCCUUUUUCCUCUUUUCACUUAGUGUGGUAUAAAUACUAAUUAAUUGAGCUCAUAAAUGUUAUUCAAAUAAAACGAUUGGAAUACUUCAUAUGUUUCCUUCUUGUACAGCUGCAAAUGUUGUGUCUGGAACUAUGAAUCUGUGCUGUAGACAAGCAUCAAGAAGGAAAGAUCCGAUCAAACAAGCAAGGAAAAUACCUAGAGAAAUAGUGAACCCAGGAAGUCAGAUUUUUAAUGCUGCUUCUCUUUCUUUUUUAGAUGAUUAUAUUUCUUCUUUCCUUGAAUUUUAGAAGAUUUUGAAAGAGUGCUUACUUGAUGUGCUUUAAUUCUGGCAUUUGUUUUUUACGGUAGGAUGAAAAGUCUGUGAUUCCUUGUAGCAGAAAAAAGGGAAAAGUAAAGAAAAAACAGCUUGACAUUUUAGCCUGUUUCAGAGGAGACAGAACUUCAUGGUUCACCUGAGGCAAACUUACCUGCUUUGAAAGCUAAAAGCUUUAGAGCAUUUUUGAUUCUGCUGUAAAUGAAGAGGGGUUUUCUUUUUCAUUCGUGUGUGGCAGCAAAAAGUGGGAAAGCAGGCAAGAUAGUGUGAUAAACAGUUCAGGCUGUGUUGGGUCUCUGGUGGAAAAAAAGUGCUGCAAUGAAAAUUGGAUUGGCUUUGGAUUGCAAAAACUUUUGAGUCCAACAAGCGGUUCAGUACCAAGAGGGAUUUCCCAACUGGCCUGGCACACCAGUGCCUGCACAAGUUCGGGUCUGUUGUUUCGCACGGUUUGUGUGCCUUUUUUUCCCUUUAUGCAAUCUCUUUCAGCUUUAGCAGCAGAAAUACAUCAGAUGGAAAAGAUAUGCCAGAGGGCAGCUUGGAAAAGAUGAAUGUCAUAUAUAUACAUAUAUAUGUAUGUGCGUGUGUUUAAAUUUCUGCAACUGAACUUUUGAAGAAAAUCUGACUGGAGGAAAUCUUAAAAGCCUUAAGUUACUUGAAACCUACACAUUUGCAACUCUUUGUCUCUGGAAUUGCAUUACACUAAACUGGAAUCUCAGGCUGUAUAAAGAUUAUAACAAGUUGAGCAAAAAGAUGACUUAACCAUUUCUUGAGCGCCUCUUAUGAAGUAGCUGUUUCUCCAAAGGAUAAGUGCACCCUCACUCUACAGACUCAAAAACAAAAAUGAACCUGAAUUUUUUUUUAAGUGUUACUUUUUCUUAGCCAACUGCCAUCAUCUUUUAUAGAGGAAUUUUUCACUAUGCAUUUGGUGGAUAUUUAUAAACACUGACCCCAUCCUCCUCCCUUUCAAUGAUCUAUCCCAGGUCAGUCUUAUCAAUAAAAAAAAAAAAAAAUUGAUUUAAAUUUUGUGCACUAGACAUAUUACUUUCUUAUGUCAAAAAAUAAAAUAUUUAAAAAGCAUGUAUGCAGCAGUGGAACAUGGGCCUGUUCUUUGCAGCGAUUCCAACAUCCUCUGCCUCUCCUGGAAAGGGAGAGUCCCCAAAAGUGAGAAGGAGAAACCAGUGUGCAGGAGGCGGUACUAUGAGGAAGGCUGGUUGGCAACAGGCAAUGGCAGAGGAGUUGUAGGCGUCACUUUUACUUCCAGCCAUUGCAGGAGGGACCGGAACACCCCUCAGAGAAUCAACUUCAAUUUGAGGGGCCACAACAGUGAGGUUGUGCUGGUGAGAUGGAACGAACCAUUCCAGAAAUUAGCAACCUGCGAUGCAGAUGGAGGAAUAUUUGUUUGGAUACAAUACGAAGGCAGAUGGUCUGUGGAGCUUGUGAAUGAUCGUGGGGCACAGGUAAGCGACUUUACAUGGAGCCAUGAUGGGACUCAAGCACUAAUCUCCUACAGAGAUGGAUUUGUGCUGGUCGGUUCAGUCAGUGGACAGAGACAUUGGUCUUCGGAAAUCAACUUGGAGAGUCAGAUCACCUGUGGCAUAUGGACUCCAGAUGACCAACAGGUACUGUUUGGCACUGCUGAUGGACAGGUUAUUGUCAUGGACUGCCAUGGCCGAAUGCUGGCCCACGUGCUCCUUCACGAGUCAGAUGGCAUCCUCAGCAUGUCCUGGAACUAUCCCAGCUUCCUGGUGGAGGACAGCAGCGAGAGCGACACAGACUCCGAUGACUAUUCCCCACCGCAAGAUGGACCAGCUGCGUAUCCAGUCCCGGUGCAGAACACCAAGCCACUACUUACUGUCAGCUUCACGUCGGGAGACAUUAGUUUAAUGAACAAUUACGACGACUUGUCUCCUACUAUCAUCCGCUCAGGGUUGAAAGAUGUGGUGGUACAGUGGUGUACACAAGGAGACCUACUUGCAGUAGCAGGCAUGGAGAAGCAAAGCCAGCUGGUUGACCUCAGCAAUGGUUCCCUGUUGAAAAGUGCACUUGUCAAGUUCUACAAUGUGCGCGGGGAACAUAUCUACACUCUGGAGACACCUGUACAGCGUCCCAUCAUCUCCAUCUGUUGGGGUCACAGGGAUUCGCGCCUGCUGAUGGCUUCCGGACCUGCAUUAUAUGUCGUCAGAGUCGAGCACAGGGUCUCCAGUCUGCAGCUGCUGUGCCAGCAGACCAUCGCUAGCUGUCUGCGGGAUGACAAGGAUAUCAGCAAACUGACCCUGCCCCCGCGGCUCUGCUCGUACCUCACCACUGCCUUUAUACCAACAAUCAAGCCUCCUAUCCCAGACCCAAACAAUAUGAGAGAUUUUGUCAGCUACCCAACAGCUGGUAACGAACGGCUUCACUGCACGAUGAAGCGGACAGAAGAUGACCCAGAGGUUGGUGGUCCAUGUUAUACUCUGUAUCUGGAAUACCUUGGGGGACUGGUGCCUAUCCUGAAAGGUCGUCGUAUCAGCAAGUUGCGGCCAGAGUUUGUCAUCAUGGAUCCUAAAACAGAUGGAAAAGCAGAUGAAAUCUAUGGAAACAGCUUGAUUUCCACUGUGAUUGACAGCUGUAACUGCUCGGACUCCAGCGAUAUUGAACUGAGUGAUGACUGGGCAGCAAAGAAAUCUCCCAAAAUCAGUCGAGCUAGCAAAUCACCCAAACUUCCCAGAAUCAAUAUAGAAGCUCGCAAAUCUCCAAAGAUGUCACGAGCUGCACAGGAGAUAUCAAGAUCGCCAAGGUUACCAAUAAGGAAACCUUCUAUUGGUUCACCAAGCCUAACCCGAAGAGAGUUUCCUUUAGAAGAUAUUACUCAGCACAACUACCUUGCUCAGGUCACAUCUAAUAUCUGGGGAACAAAAUUUAAAAUAGUGGGUUUGGCUGCUUUCCUACCAACUAACCUUGGUGCAGUAAUAUAUAAAACCAGUUUGCUGCAUCUUCAGCCCAGGCAGAUGACAAUAUAUCUCCCAGAAGUGCGGAAAAUUUCAAUGGACUACAUUAACCUGCCUGUCUUUAAUCCAAAUGUUUUCAGCGAAGAUGAAGAUGAUUUACCAGUUCCCGCCGCGACGACCGCCGCCCUUCCACCCCCGCCCGGGCCUCCGCAGCCACCCCUCGACCUCUGCCUAAAAAAGGGGGAGUUCUCCCUCUACCCAGCGGGGCACUACCAGACGCCCCUAGGGUAUGAGCGGAUAACCACUUUCGACAGCAGCGGGAACGUGGAGGAGGUAUGCCGGCCUCGCACCAGGAUGCUCUGCGCCCAGAGCACCUACACCCUGCCGGGGCCCGGCAGCUCCGCCACCUUGCGCAUCACCGCCGCCGAGAAGAAGAUGCAGCAGCCCUGCACCAGCGCCACCCUGAACCGACUCACGGUCCCCCGUUACUCCAUCCCAACUGGGGACCCACCGCCCUACCCCGACAUCGCCAGCCAGCUGUCCCAGGGCAGAAGCAUCACACAGAGACUGGACAGCAGUAUCAUUCAUGCGACUCUGCGGAGGAACAGCAGAGAGGCAGCCCUGAAAAUGGCUCAGCUGGUGGAUGGUCAGAGAGCCACCUUACAGCUUCCCCCAAAAGCCAAGAGCAGCGUUGUGACAGCACAGUACCAGCAGAGAGUACCCACUGCCUUGUACACCUGCAGCCAGUGCAGCAGCAGUGGCAGUGGUGGCAGCAGCAACGCGAGCACUGGUGGUAUGGGCAACAUCACUAGUGCCAAUGCUAGUAGCACCACUUCCAGUAUUGGUGGCAUGAGACCUGAUUUGAGCACGGGGAGUGGCUCCCAGCACAGCUCUGUCAUUGCUCACUCUGUCAGUACUUCGCCUCUGGCCUCCCAGUCCUCCUACAGCUUGCUGAGCCCGCCUGACAAUUCCCGUGACCGAGCAGAUUAUAUCAACUCUGCCUUCACGGAGGAUGAGGCCCUUUCUCAGCACUGCCCAGUGGAGAAAUCAAUACGGCACGUACCCGUGUCUUUGACGGAGGCUGCCCUCGGUGUAAAACGGCCACCACCGUACCAGUGGGACCCUAUGGUGAGUGAAGAGAUAUGGGUUCCUCAGGAAAGGACAUCUCAGAGCUCCGUGCCCAACCCUCUAAAACCUACUCCCCUCAUCAUCGGUCAAGCGCAACAUCUGGAUAUGUCUCGAGUGCCGUUUGUUUCCCCCAAGUCUCCAACCAGUCCCACUGCCACUUUCCAGACAAGUUAUGGGGUUGGAGUACCUUACCCAGGAAGCUACAGUGCCCCUCCCCUUCAGGGAAUGCAGCCCCCCUGCUCCCCCAAAGAAGCUCUGGCUCCAACGCAGUUUGCACAGCAGGAGCCCACAGUUGUGCUUCAGCCAGGUUAUCCAUCCAACCUCUCCUAUUGCCCUUUGCCACCCAUGUAUCCGGGAAGUAGCGCCUGCUCUAGUUUACAGCUGCCACCAAUCGCCUUGCACCCAUGGAGCUCCUACAGCGCCUGCCCGCCCGUACAGAACCCCCAGGGCACCUUGCCCCCCAAGCCGCUCCUUGUGGUGGAGAAGCCAGUCAUGUCUCCUCCGCCAGCGGAGCUGCAGGGCCAUGUGGGCACAGAGGUAAUGGUGGAGACGGCAGACACCUUCCAGGAGGUGCUCUCCUUGACGGAAAGCCCCGUUCCUCAAAGGACAGACAAAUUCGGCAAGAAGAGCCGGAAGCGCCUGGACAGUCGAGCUGAGGAAGGAAACGUGCAGGCUAUCACCGAGGGCAAGGUCAAAAAGGAGGCAAGGACACUGACCGACUUCAAUUCGCUAAUAUCCAGCCCUCGGCUGGGGAGGGAGAAGAAGAAGGUCAAGAGCCAGAAAGACCAGCUCAAGUCCAAGAAGCUGAACAAGACAAAUGAGUUUCAGGACAGUUCGGAGAGUGAGCCAGAGCUUUUUAUCAGUGGGGAUGAACUGAUGAACCAGAGCCAGGGCAGCAAAAAGGGUUGGAAAACCAAAAGGAGUUUGAGGACAGCCAGUGAGCUGGAUGAAUUCAAGUGCCGGAAGGCCAGCGAGAAGGAGGACGGGAGGCUGGGGAGCCAGGGCUUUGUGUAUGUGAUGGCCAACAAGCAGCCGCUGUGGAAUGAGGCGACACAAGUCUACCAGCUGGACUUCGGAGGGCGGGUGACCCAGGAGUCGGCAAAAAACUUCCAGAUUGAGCUGGAAGGACGACAGGUGAUGCAAUUUGGAAGGAUUGAUGGCAAUGCUUACAUUUUGGACUUUCAGUACCCAUUUUCUGCAGUGCAGGCCUUUGCUGUUGCUCUGGCUAAUGUGACUCAACGCCUCAAAUGAACAAGCAGAGACUGGAGAGAGGAAAAUGUUAACCUCAUAAAGUCCAAACCAGAAAAUGUCAGGGCAGCCUGCUUUAGGUGUGCAGAGGUGCCUGGGAGUGAAGAAGGCAGUAAAACUGGAAAAGUCUCUUGGUGCCCAACAGAAGGGCAUUAACUCUAAUCAGUCAUGGGGUGGAGGGUGGGGGGCUGUUUUCUGUUUUGUUUGUUUGUUUGUUUGUUUUCAGGUGGUUUUUUUUUCUUUUUAAGCGUUGUGCUGGGUCUCAGAAAGAGCGAAGGGUUGAGAGCCAUUCAGUGUUACGUGGAGAAGUGUGGCUUUUGGCUUGUUGUGGUGGUUCUGCCGUGUUUGCUACAGUAGCCGAUGUAAGCUCAUAGGGGGAUUAAAAAAGACUGCUCUUUUUGAUAGACUGCCUUAUAUCAUGCUGUUCUUUUUAAAACAGGGAACAUAACUUUUUUUCUGGUCCAGUUUGUACUACUACUACUAUUACUACUACUACUCUACUACAUCAGUGAUAGCAGCAAAAAAAAAGAAGCUAUAAUACUUGAAGACACGUGUUUCUUCUCUGAUUUCUGAUAAUAACUGAUCGCCACAAGUUCCAAGGAAGCUUAUGUAGGUCAAUGUUUAAUUUAUAAAUAACGAUGUAUUAUUCAGAAGAGAAACAAUUGUUACCAAUGGGUGGUUUAAAAACCCAGUGUAUCAAAGAAGUUGAUGUCUGCUUGUUUUGUGUGCUGUUAUUGGGGAUAAACAUCUUUCAGUAGGUGACAGAAGAUAGAGGAGGAAAUAAUUACAAACAUUGCUUCUUUUGUUCUUGGGGAUAACCAUCUUUCGGUAGGUGACAGAAAAUACAGGAGGAAGUAAUCAUGAGUGUUGCUGCUUUGCUCAUAUUGAUCAGCAGUAUUCUGUGAUUUGGCCUGUAUCUGGGAGAGAUAGUGUGACCAGAUAGUGUGGCCUCUGAGGCCACACCUGUACACGCUCCUCAUUUAACUGUGUUUACACUUUAUCAAAGUCUUUCAAGUUAAUGAGAAGGCCAAAUGUCUUCAGUCUUCUUAGCAAUCAGUAUGAAUCAAGUUCUACAACAGUGUAUCAGUGCUUGAACUGGGAAGGAGACAGAAGGGUAGCAUUACAAGAAGCAAUGUCAUGAAGAAAACAAUUUCAUUACAGGAAACAACAUCAUGGCUGUCUGGAGAACAAAUGAGUUGAAAGAGGAAGGAAAAAUUGGACAGAAUCAUCCCUUUUAUCACCUUGCUACUUGAGCAGUCUUUGUGACUGUGGUUUGAGAAUAUAAUGCUCCAGCUAAGAGUGGGAAGCCAAAGUUUACAUGGAGAGUUAAGGAGGAAGGCUUAAUAACCGCAGCAUGACUCUCUGCUGUUCUUUCUGGUGUACAUGCAGACCUGGGGAGCAUUUCAGAAGGGUUGCUUGCACAGAAGAGUUUCUGUGUUGUCCAUGUGUUGUGCACAUACUUAUUUGCUUUCUCUCUUUCCUCCUUGCCUGCAUUUUGCUACAGAAUAUAUUUUGAUAUGGAAGUAGUUUCCCCAGUAAUACACAAAACCCAAAACUAUUCAUGUAAUUAUUUGGACAUUAGAUUACAAAAUGUAACUUCAGGUUUCCUUCAGAAAUCACUCUUUUGAAGUGAAAGGCACACUGAGAAAGAUACGUUGGUUGAGGUGUCGAUGGCUGCUUUGUCUUUGUCUCUUAUUCACAGUUCAACUUCUUUCUUGAAAAACUCAGUAUAACUUAAGAUGAAUACGUGUGAUUUUCUCUCUUUGCUUUUCUUAAAUCCUAAUGGUAGGGUAGAUGUGUGUCACAUUUGAUUCGUUCUAGAGGAACAUAUUGCACAAGACCCUGCUGUAGGAGAAGUUCCCAACAUGCACUGAGCUUAUAUCUGCUGUUCUGCUGAGGCUUCACAGCAUAGAGGCAGUAAUGCCAGAGAGAAGUUUCAGAGAGUUGCCAAGGGAGAUGACAAGGCAGAUCAUCCAUAGGUAACAUCCCACGGGGUAAGUCCAGGAAAAAACACCUGCAAGAUGGUUUCCUUGGAGAGAGGAAGUAAUACAGGAAGGAAGGAGGGGGGAAGUAGAUGGUACCAUCUCUGUAUUACCCCUUCUGCUUGCAUGUGGGAGUGGUCAGGCACAACAUUCUCCUUGGCAUCUAGCAGAUUUUUGUUUGCUUUAAUUAAUUUUGUUGAAUUUCCAUCAGUUUUCUGGGCCUAUUUGUAUUCUUUCUCACAAGCAUGAUUUAUUCAGCAUUUUGAGUGCCUGUAGGUAUAGUGUGUAUGGAACAGAGGAACAGACAUGAAUUUGGCUCUGGUCCCUUAAAAAUCAAUGGAAUUGUUUCGCUUGGAUUUUUGUGGAGGAAGCACUAUUAAGUCCUUUGUCUAUAUUUAGUUAUAUAUGCUGUACAAACAGCAUGUUGAAUUCUCAGUCCACCAAUUCCAAUAUAUAAGGAGGAAAGUUGGCUGAUGAGAAUCCUCGCCUUGCCCUAAUAUCUAUGCUAACCAGAGUAUAACAGGCGCACAUAGAACACCGUAAGAGAAGAAACAUACCAUGGCUUGCUUGCGUGUUUGCUGAGGCCACCCAGUCACAUGUUAGAAAUCUUCAGCUGGAAGAAACAUCACCUGUAGUUUCAAGCCAAAAUUGUUAGUACCAUGGAAACAACAUGAAUGUUUUUUCUGAGCAAAAUCUAAUCUAAAUAGAAGACUUCUGCAUGCAGUUUCUUCAACCUUCCAGUGAACAGUAUUCCUCUUCGCUUGAUUCUUUGUCAACUUUUUCCAGUUAUCAGCAGUUUUAUGCUAAUGGAGAAAAAAGAAAUGAAACCCAGUACAAGUAGCAGAGUUAGUAAUUUGGUUUCACUUGCCAGGUCACGAUUGCAUCCUUCUGAUGGCACCUACAACGAGUCUUGGCAUAGAAAGAGACCUGGUUUCUGCCCCAGCAAAGCACAAGGAAUAAUUAUAAAAAAUUAGGAAAAUAAAUUCAAUUUCUGGUUUCCAGUUUACUUGUCAGAAAAUGCUAUAGGAUAAGAUUAUCUUUUAUCUUUUUGAAAAUAAUUUGUGUCCCUUUAACUGAGGAUUUUAAUGACAUAGAGAAUACCCAGCAUUAGAGAGAGAAAAAAUAGAGUUUUAAUGAAAGGAAUGGGAAUUAUGUAAAUGUCUGAGCAUGCAACUGGAACCCUAAAUUAUACAGAGAACAAUUGAAAGUGACAGUUGCUUUAUUUUUCAUUGAGAUACAACAUAGGAAACAAAUUUAAAAUUCCCCCCAAAUAAUCACCUAAAUCCUGAAGAACACUAUUGCAUUCAGAAAAAAGAUAGACACAUUUUAUAUUUGGUUAGUAAAACCCAGGUUUUCUGUAGAUAACUAAGUUCUUCUAGGAAGAAUGUAGCAAAGUGUUCAGAAAUAUCUAGUUCUUUUAUACAUACAAUAAUUUCCAGUAGUUAAAUGAGGUUUUUUCCAAAGCUUUUUUUAGUUGUGCAAUAAUUGUGACAGUCAUGGGGUUUUAUGAGUUUUUUGUUGGCUUUUUUGUUUUUUUUAGGGAGUUUUGAGUGAUUUUUUUUUUUUAAGAUAAUUUAAUGCAGAUUUCCUGUUAAUGUCCAAAAGACAUAUUAUUUAUCUGGCGUAAUGAAAUAACUGAUUUAGGGAUUAUUUUAUUUCUAUGUAUCAGUGAGUUAUACACACUUUCUUAUUUAUAUUUAAAGAGUAUCUUUGUAAGUAAUUGUUUGCUAGCAGUAUGUUUUGCUGCCAGAAGUUAAAAUGCAUAUAGGAAAACCUGUUUUUGCUGGAUAGUAUAAAAAAUUUCAUAAUGCAGGCAGGCAAAUAUAUUUUUUUGGCAACUGAACACAGUGAGUUCACUAUGGAGGACUGUGUAGACUACGAGGAGUGUACAUGACUUCUUUGGGUCCUGCAGAAAUCUGUCCUUCUCCACUGUUUUCCUCCUUUGUUUCUAACUAUAUACUUCAGUUGGGAGUGGUUUUAAAAAUACAAGGCUUGAUUUGCUUUCCCUCUUCUUAGUACAGUGCUUUUUCUUGAGAUAUAAAAUCAGGUGGGUCACAUGAUAAAAGAGGCUAUAACGAUAUAGGCUCAGUUUGUAAGAAGUUCAUUGCGUAGUUUAGUAGAGUUUGGCAAUGGCGUAAUGCAGAGAUACAAGCAAACUAGCUUGGAAUAAACUAGCUGAGGCACAAGAAAUAGGCAGUAGUAGAUGCAUUUUCCUCUGCUCAGACUAAUAACACUCCUUCAGCUGGGCUCAACUGAUUCCAGCACAGCCAUAGCGCUUUUGAUACUGAGCUAGCGCUGCACAGAGCUGAUGGAGCUGAGCCCUGACAUUGCCUGCAGCAGCUUUGCCUCUUCAGGAUGCUCCAUCGGAAACCUGGUAGAGCAGGAGUUCCUCCACUCAGCCUUGGAGGUCUGCUCCCACAGCAGCAUGAAGCUGCUGUGGGGUUUGGCUGCAGCAGCUUUGAGCAGAGAAAGCCCUGAUGCCAGCCAGUGGCCAUGGUGACCAUUUGAGGUCAGAAUCUGCCCCACUGAAAACCUGAUUCUUUUGAAACAAUAUGGCUCAUAUCCUUGAAAUAAAGCUUCUAACAGAGUCUAAAAAUUAAUACUUAAAGUCUGGUAUGAAGUGCACCGUGCAUGGAGUGGCAAAUUUUAGCUUGAAACGAUGAGAAUAUCAUGUUUCUCCGGUAUAAUGUUUCUGCAACACCCUAAGAAACUAUGAGAAGGAGGGGGGUGAAAGAGGAAAUAAAAGAAAUUAACACAUUAGUAAUUUUGCACUCAGUUCCAGAGGUAGCAGUAAUAUGUGCCAUGGGCUGUCAGAAUAUCAGUAAAUCUGCACACAGGUUCAUGUCAGAUAAACUUUGAGUGGUGCAACUGCAAGUAAAACAGUUCCACAUUUCUCUCCAGUUUUGUUCCAUUGUUUUUAUGAAGAUGCAUGAAGGUCUACAGGUGUCAAAGAUACCCGACUUUGCUGAAGCCUUGAGCCUAGACUUUCUGUAGGUCCAGGCUCCUUGAUGUGUCUUUUUAGCAUCUUCUCUGAAAUUUCAAACAAAUUUUGGAGCUUGUCUAAUCGUUGCCUCAGAUAGUUUCUGUGCAUUUGCUUUUUGCAGCCUGAUGCAUGUGAUCCUACGUUAUCUUGGUGCCCUGUUACCUGUCAGAAACAAUUUAAAUCCUCCUAUGAAGAGAGCAGCAUGUUCAAAAACUGAUUUGAUUGAGAGAAAGGGGAGAGAAGACUUAAGAGUAAGUUUUCACUAGCUUUUAAGAACAUGUUUCCCAGAUCAACAGUUUAGAAAUUGCGCAUUUCUACAGAGCCCAAACCACUCCAGACCAGUAAAUCUGACUUGGAGAUUAGCAACAGAUGAGUCACUUGCAUGGCGUGCUCUCAGAGAGCCAACUUCUAACCUCACUACAUGGUUGCACCAAGAUACGUAAGAGUAGAAUCCAACCCAAAAUGUACUUUCUCAUUACUAUGUGAUUGUAAAGUAAUAAUUACAUAUAUGACCCAUAUAUCCACUUAAGAAAAUUAUAAAACACUAGCCAACAACUAUAUUGACAGUUCUGUAUAACCCCCUUUGAAGAAUGAUAGAAGUAAAAUCCUGGCCACAGAGUAGUCAUUCAGACAGAUAUUUGCCUUUUAUUCCCCUUUCUAGGAUUCCAUCACAGGAGAGCAAGCUGUUUAUGUUACUUAGAGAUUGGCAUCAUGGUUUUCCCACUAGAAGAGAGUUUUAUACUGGAGACAAAAAUGGGAAAAUUCUGGUAGACUAACAUUUUCAUUUUCAAGUCCCUUCACCUUCAAGGCAAGCACAAUCCUCCGUCAGCAAAUACCAAUUUAGAGUCUGUUACCCUCAGGAGUAGUCUGCAGGUAGGGCACCACAGGUUCUCUUUGUAGGAUUGGAGUUUACAUGCACCAUUCUUGAAGGAAUAAGAUUAAUUACUACUUGUGAACAAUGGGGUAUGUGAAUUAUUUUAUCUUUGUAUUUAUAUAAUGUUCUAGUAAAAGAAUCCUGCAGGAAAGUUUUAAGAUUAAAAGACUCAGCUUUGCGUGUUGCCUGAUACCUUUGAAGAUGUAUCAGUUUGGCUGUUGCAUCUAGAAAAUUAGAUUUUUAAGACAAAAGCAAUUCACCAAAUAAUGAAAUAAGAUUCAGUGAAGCAAUUCUUGCUAAGAAAAAUAAAAACUUCACCCUUCAAUUUUUGAUUUUGCAAAUGGAUCUGUAAUGAGAAAUUUGUGCUUCAAAGCAAAAUUAAUUGUGGAGCACUAUGCAAAUGCACAGGUUUGCUGACUCAGAGCUGACUGCAGGAUCAACAUGAUUUUGUAUGACUUAAAUGAAUGAAACCAAACACAUAACCUAUCCACAAACACAUACCUAUCCAGAGCGUUCAAUGAAAAAAAUAGAGGGUAUGAUGUUAAAGCCUGCCAGUUUAUUCUUAAUCCUUGCCCUCCAGUUUACAUUAUUAUGAAUUUUAAAAUAUUAUCUGAUCCAGCAAUUCUGAGUCCUGACAAAUGUUGUCUAUUUGUGGAAGGUUUAUCUUACUGGCCAAGUUGAUGGUUUAUGUAUGGGUUAAGAUUAAAGUAAUAAUAAAAAGGAAACAUUUCUGAACAGUGUGCAGACACCUGAGUUUCAAGUAUUUCAUCAGAAUAGUGCUCAGCUUGUAAAUCCUACCUAUGUUGUUUCAAGCUAUUUGUUCAGAACUUUCCUAAUUUUCCCUUUGUUUCUUUUGUUUGCUUGAUACAUGUUUUGCCUUUGGUUGCCUUUUGUUUCACUGUUUCUGCAUUCACUGCUUUCUUUUCUUUUUAUGUGUUGUGCAUUUGGGGGAGGGUAUGUCUGUUCAAGAUCUCGUUGUUUAUUGUAGAUACAAUAUAUGGUGUUGUGGAAUAGCAUGGGGAUGCAUUUGAUUGAAAAGGCACUGUGGUGUUUCCUGAAAAAGAAGGGGAGUUGCAUUUGUUUAUAAAUGCAUUAUUUUGGUACUAUAACUUUGAACAUGAUUUUGGAUUUAUUUUUUUUUUUUUUUUAUUUAACAGGCAUAUAGUCAUGCAGGUGCAUGCAUUCUUAAGCUAGCAAGCCCAGCAUGUUUUUCUUAAGGCUUUU